AUGAACUCUGAAAUUAGAAGAAAAAAAAUUAUUUCUUUAAAAUCUAUAAUAACUAACCAGCAAAGUUUUUUUACUAAACCAGUGCAACAACAUAAAGCAGCAACGAUUGCGUCAUAUAAAAUAUCGCAUUUGCUAGCUAAGAAUAAAAAACCAUUUAAAGAAGGAGAAUUAGUGAAAGAAUUUAAAAAUAAAAAUGAAAUAGUUUCAGCUAUAAACACGUUGCAAUUAUCAGCACGAACUGUUACUAGAAGAAUUGAAGUAAUUGCGGAGAAUUUGGAGGCAGAAUUAGCAAAUGAUCUGGAAUAUUGUAUUUUCUUUUCGCUACAGAUGGAUGAAUCGACAGACGUGACAAAUAUAUCACAAUUAGCAAUUUGCGUGAAGAUAGUAUUUUCUGAUUUUACAACAAAAGAAGAAUUCCUGAAAGUUCUGCCAUUAAAGGGAAGCACCAGAGGAGAAGAUAUCUUUUUUACUUUUAAAAAGUAUAUAACAGAUGUAAAAUUACCUGUGCAAAAGUUAUCGUCAAUUACAACAGACGGGGCGCCAGCGAUGACUG